AGUGCGGAAGCAGAGAUGGUCAACUCCAACUAUCAGAACUACAAUCAUGAAAAGAAUAAUUGUGGUACAAAUUCUUCAAGGACGCAAAUCAAAUGGCUUCUAAAUCAGAUGUGAACACGUCUUCCGAUACUUGUAUUUUCUGGAGCAGUGCGUUUGUCAUUUUAAUGAUAUUUCUCUCGAUUUUUUUAUACAUGCAAAGCACUGCUUGUCUAUCAGAACAAACUGCCUACCAGAAUUUUCUCAUUCUUGGUCUUUCAGUGAUCUUUUGCAGUGAUGUGAUUGCAGAUUUACAUGCAACAGCAGAAUGAUCUUUACCUACAUAAGCUUGCUGAGACACCCAAGAGAUACUGAUAGCAACUAGCAGGAAGCUGUGAUCCCAAUCCCCUUCACCAUGGGGAAGAAGAAGGACCGGUCCAUGCCAGGCCCGGGCAAAAGACGAACAGUUCUUCAGAUUGAUGGCCCAGCUGUCAGCACCAAGAAAGGUUAUGCUCCAAGCAGUAGCACUAAUGUCAACGCCCUCAGUGGUUUAAUGGCCAACUAUGGGGACAGCGAUGAAGAACAGGAUUACACGCCCCCAACAUACAGUGACCCCAAGCCAGCCGAGGCCCCGGCAAAACCUAAAACUGCAAUGGAUGCCAAGCUGGCAGACUUUUUAGCAGAAAUUGACGCUAUGGACACCGCUUCCAACAGCCCAGCUGGGGAGACGGAGGAUGGCAAACCGAUGGAAGACGAAUCCAUCGAUGGCAGACCAAUAUCAGGAAGUGAACCCGACCCAACAGAUCCACAAGCCCUGUCAGCAGGUGCGACAGAGACGGAGGCAGGGGUACCCAACCCUGAACUGACAGCUGUUGGGGAAUGGCAAGAGUUGCUGGAUGAGAAUACCAACUGCGUCUAUUACUGGAACAUGUACACGAAUGAAGUGACGUGGGAGAUGCCUCAGGCAUUCAAACUCCAGCAGGAGCAGCUUGCCUCAGCUACCACUGCCCUCCCUACAGCACCGGACAAGAGUGCUGCAGAGGACAAUCAGGACAAUCUCCCAGCGGCAUCUGCUGUUGAAUCAAACGCAAUGGACGUUCAAAACGGCGACAUUGAUGGUGCAGAGAUCCCCAACGGUGUCCCAACGGAGGAUCUUCUCGCAAAGAUGGCCGAUGCCGUCGGCGAAGUCACCAAGGACGAUAUCGAAAAACUUCCUGUGUAUGGAUCAGCGCGGGUGAAAUACCAGCUUGAUCCGGUCCCGGAUGAGCUUAAGAAAGACGAUUUAAAAGAGAAGAACGAUGUCGACGAGGAGGAGGAGUUUGCUCCCAUCCCGAGGAAACGCAAACUUAACUAUGAAUCGAAAUUUACAAAAGGGGAGACCUUACUCCCUGCGACCGUGGACGCAAAAUCUAGCAAAUCAGAUGAUCAUGUCGAGGAACGGAUUGAGAGGGUCAAGGAAGAGAUCGACCACGAAGAGGAAGAGGAUGAGGAGGAUGAUGAGGAGGAUGAUGGAAGAUAUGAUCUUCAUCCGGAGCCAGAGAAGGAGAUCAAGGAGGAGAAGGAGGAGAAAGAUGAACUCUAUGCUGUUGAUAUGUUUGCUGAUGAGAUGGACGACAUUGAUACGCAGCUUGAGAUGGCGCUAGAAAAGAAAAAGGCUGAGUUAAAAGAGUUAGAAGAGGCAGAAGACAAGAAAUCACCAGAGCCUUCAAAGUCUGAGAAAAGCAAGAAACGGAAAACAGAUGCAGCAGAGAUGGCUAGCAUUUAUGAUGAGAGCGGAAGCGUCGAUCUAUCAAGGUUCAAGAAGAAGCGAUUAGAGAACCUUGCAGGAAAGCAGAAGAGCUCUGGAGGAACUCAGGAGACUGGUAUUCAAUGUGACCUUCAGGAUGAAAUCACCCCAGAGGAAAGGGAUAAGGCCAAGGAAAAACAGAAGAAAAGGGAAGAGAAAGAAAAGAAAGAGGAGAUUGUUGAGAUGGUAUCUACCAUGAUGAACAAACUGGAGUUUCUUGGGAUCUCCACCAAAGGCCUUAACAAGUUCCAAGUCAUGCUCAUUGAAAUGGAGACUCGGAUCCAGGAUUGGAGGGAGGGGCUCCUGGAAAGCAAGCAGCUCCUGCAACGCCUGGAGACAUCAGACUGGGAGCUCCAGCGCUACGAGACGGACGCCGCCCCCAAGGGCUGGCUCUGCUCCUGGGACAGGACGCACAAGCAGUACUACUACACCAACAUAUCAACGAACGAGUCACAGUGGGAUUAUCCCGUAGAGGCUGCUGCAGAAGAUGCAAAGGGGGCGGAGUCAACGGUCACGAGGGAGGAGACGAGAAGCGCCUUCAGCAACGCCGCUGACCGGGGGUCCGCCAACGACAACGGGAACAGCGGAGAGGAGUCCAUGGAUGAGGGGAACACUUCUGAUGAAGAGCCUCCCAUCCCGAAACCAGCCGAGAUUCAGCUACCCCCUGCCUUACCCCCAUCACCGACCCCUCCCCAACCCCCUAUGCCCCAAGAGGAAGCAGAGUCACCCCUCCCACCCCCUCCUCUACCAGACGGCCCACCACCACCGCCACCACCAGGAGAGGAACCAGCCCUGCCUCCAUUACCCCCAAGCCCACCACCAUCCACCCCUCCACCAGCACCUCCUCCAGAGGAGGGGGACACCAUCCGACCUCUAACCCCACCCCCGUUCCUCUCCUCGUUCCCGGGCGUGGCCACCAUGACGCAACCCCCUCCCCCACCCCAGACGUCCUCCAGGGACUCGUCAACAGCGGUGAUAGGGAAACCUCAGGUCCUCUACUCGGCGCCUGCAGUGACCAAGGGUGCCUCCACAAUAGCUGCAGCACCGGUAUUGUCUGCACCUGCCACCCAAGCCCCAGCGCCGCCUGUACCACAGCAACCAGCGGCACCUCCUGCUAGAACCAAAAAGAAAAAGAAGAAAGGGAAAGAGGGUAAGUUGGUCAAGAGCAAGCUCCCACACUCCCUCGUCUCCAAGUGGAGCAAGAUCAAGGAAGAGCAGGAGAAAGAGAUGGAGGAGAGCGAGGAAAGCGAAGAGGAGGAUAUCGGAAUCCGCAACCAGAAGAUGAUUCAGGAAUGGAAAAAGGAGCAAUUAGUCAUGGGCAAAGCGAAGUACAAUGCCAACUUCGAGCAAAUCCAAGGAGACUGGAGGGAAAGACUAAAAAGGAAAGCCAAACCGUGAUGCAUCGUAACAAAUGUAAAAUGUGGCCAUUUAGUAUUUUGCCUUUCAAUGAGGUUUAUAGGUGUAUGCAUUCAUCUCAUUUUGACUAUACUGACAGAGUACGAUCCCAUCUUAUCAGUAGUUGCGAUUGAUCGAAUCAGUCCCAACUAUGAAAAUCUAACAAUGUCAUUAUCCAAUGGAAACUGGGGGCACUGAAGCAUUAAUGUUUGUGAUUAAUCGCAAAAUGGAAGAGGCAAAUCAUGCUGCAUCAACCAAUCAAUCUUUUGAAAUUGCUAUUGAUCGCAAAUCAUUGUGUUAUGGACCCAGUUACAGCCUUGCUUUAUUUUUUUGUAGCAAAGAUGUAUAUUUGAAAUAGUGUGUUAUAGAGAGAGAGAUUGAGGCAUGCAGAGCAAAUGUGUGCCCAUUUAGUCAUAAUUACAAGAAUACUGUUACAUAUGUGUAAACUUAAUGCAACAUUUCUGUUUCUAUUUAUGGUAACUCCCGUAGGAACUAUCUAUGUGUACAUAUGGACAACAAUGAAUACAUUUCAAUCUAGUUUGUGUUUUUAAAGGAAUGGGAGAGUUGUGUUGAUUACAUCUGUGAUACUAGAGAAGCUUCCCAGGAGGAUAAUGUCGCCAGCUUUCAUUCAUCUGUUCACAAUAAUGCAUCUGCCAUCGUCCUAUUCCUUGUAGACUGCCUCCACUAUAUUAUUUUUGCUUCUAGCGUCUUGGUCAUUACAAGGUCAUCUCUGAUGACUAUGACUAAACGAUGUCACUAUUCUGAAAUUGUCUUCGCCUCAUGUAACUGAUUCUGAAGGAUUGCUAAGGCAUGACUUGGCUGAUAAAGGUCUAUUUUUUUUUCUAAAUAAGAAAUCAAAAUGAAAAUAGCCAACUAAUAGACCAGUUUGUAGUUACUUCAUGGACAAUUUUGGUCAAAUGACCUUUCAUUUCUUUCAUUAUGAUAGGCAGAUUUCAAAGCAAGAUAUUACGUAAGCUUGCCUUACAUAGCAGGAUGAAGAAAUUGAAUAGACCAGGUGACUAGAGUAGCACACUAAUCAACACUUUAUGAAGGUAUUUGUUGCAUUCCUACUUUGAAUGCAUAUCAUACCAUGUUGCACAAUGUACUUGGCAAACUGUGAAAUACCAGUCGUUCGUGGACGCAUUGUUGUUUUUUGUGGAUGUAAAUGAAAACCACUAUUCAAAAGAAUAUAUGAAUAAUCAAGACAUCAAAGUUGGUGCUUAUCUCAUUAGAUUUUAAACCACCAUGUCACUUUAGUACAAAUUACCUUCUUCUGAUCAUGCGCAGAAUCUUUUGAUCAUGCGCAGAAGGAUCUACGAACUGGCUUAUUCAUAUCAAUUGAAGAGGUACAGUGGACAAUUAUACAGUUCUUCUGUAUUUCGAAUGCUAGCAAUUACCUGAAAUACGGUUAGAAAAAGAAAUCUGUUUUGAAAAAGGGGAUACCUUUCCGAGAGUGGUAUGUUCUGUUCUUGUAUAAAAGACUUUCACCUUGCUAAUGAUUACACACUUUAAAUUGGCAACACAAGCAAAGGAAAACAACAAAAUAUUUUGUAAAUGCAAAUUGGCAAUUUUUUGGUUACAACUUGUCACAAGGAGUCGCCAAUUCGCUGUAAUCAUUCAUACAAAUUGUCACAAAGAGUUGCCAAUUUGCUGUAAUCAUUCAUACAAAUUGUCACAAAGAGUUGCCAAUUUGCUGUAAUCAUUCUUGCACAUACUUUGGUUUUUGUGUAUCAGAAUUUUAAAAUGUGAAAAUAUCCAUAAAGGGAGAUGAUGACUUCACCACAUGUAUGAGGUGAUGUGAGGAUCAUAUCCCAUAUAUAAUUACUUAACAGUUGCUUCAUCAUCCUAUUUUCCUGGGUGAUUUACCACACAUGGGGGCUGUUUCAUGAAGCUGUUCGUAAGUCAAGAGCGACUUUAAGAACAACUGGUGAACCUUUCUUUAUUCGCUUAACCAUCGCCAAUGCAUAUACCAUUUACCACAAGAAAGGAUCACCAGUCGUUCUUAAAGUCGCUCUGAACUUAUGAACAGCUUUAUGAAACGGUCCCCGGGUGGUCAUUUCGUAAGGUAAGAGCGGCUUGAAGAACGACUGGUGAUCCUUUAUUGUGGUAAAUGAUAUUCACUGUUAAAUGUUCUUUGGUGAUUAUUUAGCGCAUAAGAAAGGUUAACUUACGAACAGCUUUAUGAAACACCCGCCUGUUACUUGAUAAGCAAAUGAAUAGUAUCUAAUUCCCCCAUGAACUCUAAGGUAAUAUAUUUUCAUCAUGAUAUGAAAUUUAGUAUCUGUUGCUGCCAUUAGAUAGCCUAUGUUGGGUAUAAUAAUACAGUAUUUGUUUGCCACUGUUGAAAUGUUGAAAUCUUGGCUUGGUGUUCAUGACCAGAUAUUGAUAAUUAAUAUGCCUUAUCAAAAUGUUUACUGUUUUUGUUCUGGAGAUUGGUUGCCUGAUAUAACCUUACACAGCAACAUAUGUUUUUUCCUUCAAAUCUACCUGUGCAUGAUUUGUUACAUUUUGCAUUUUUCAUAUGAAAAAGCUGUAAGGACAUGGUUUUUAUCUGCCUUUUCGAACAUACCCUUGUUAAUUUCUAUUAUUUCAAAGAUUUAAGGUGACGAUAUACAAAACGAUGAAUUCAUGGCAUUCUGUGCAUAUCAUUAUAAACAUUUGGAGCAAUCUCCUACAGUCUGUCUGAUGGGUUGCUGUAUGAAACUUACAAUCGAUUACUAGUCAGUUUUAAGUCCCCAAGGUCCCGUCUUACAAAGAGUUACGGUUGAUCCGAUCAUUCUCAAGAAUAUGGAAAUCCAUCAAUGUCCUAUUUUUUCUUUGGAACUUUGCUCAACGUCCUUUGAAAACAAAGAGAAGCAUACUGAAUUGUCAAGAAAACUGUGAAUGUAUGAAUAUACAUCAUUUCUAGAAAAUAUUUUGAACCAACAUGUAAUUUUCGAUGUUGACUGGCAAUUGAUUGGAUCAAUUGUAAUUCUUUGUAAGACGAUGCCCAGAUCAGUCAUAAGUCUUGAAAUUAAUUGUAAAAUUCCAUUACACCCCUGGUCUACUUCUUGCAUCAAAAACUAUAAAUUGAUUCUGUAUUAGUUGAGAUUGCUAUUGCAAUUGAUUGCAAAUAUUUUCUUACAACUCCCCCUAACUUGUAUGACCCAGUAUGCGAACAGGGAUCAACCGUUUAAAUUUAACAUAUGUAAGGCACCCCUAUGGUGGCUCCCUUUUAGCUAAAAGGAUUUUAUCAUCCAAUCUAAAAUAUUAUUUCUAUUGACAAAGUACAUGUAGAUAAUUAUUUCAGUACAAAAGCCUACUUUUAUUAUGUAGUCACUUUUAUGGACAAGAUCUUUGGCCGGCUUAUCCUAUGGACAAGGAAGGCUACACGGUUAUUAUAAUUGUGCUUUUUCACCAUUAAACAGCAAUGUAAAAAAUGCUAAUGAAAAUUACCGACUGGCCAGCUGGUUGAUGGGCCUUUUAAUUGUGGUGGGGUUCCAUAUAUGAAUAUUCAUCACUCUACAGAGACAGUUGACCAAUCAAAAUGAUGGGUUCAUGUGGCCCCUUUUGCCCAUUGAUAAUGUGAGUCGAGCCGUUAUGAAAGAUGGCUCCUGAUAGGUUCUACCAUAUUGGUAGCAGAUUAGAAUUGUGAUGUAAAAGCCAAAAGGCACUCCACUCGUGCCGCUUCGCAGCUCUCGAGUGUACAUGUAGUAUUGCUGCAUCAGACCCUUUUCACUACACAACCGGAGGCUCUGACAAAAAAGCCCAGGGCCCGUUAUAAGUUCGUGCAUACAUGUAUUUCGUAUUUCAUGUGAGUUGCUACUUAUUUACUGCUCGUAGUUGGUCAUGCAUGUUUUCUCUUUAAAUAGUGUUUGUACUCCCUUGAGAGUGGAGAAUGUGCAGAUAAAUUGGACAUAAAGUUGAUGAUAGUUGGGACAUCAAAGUUGUCUGAUUUACUGUAUUGUGAUCUCCGCCAUGCCCUUCAAGAGAUUUCAAGAGUUUGCGAAAUGUAACACUGUAAGAAGUGGCAAAAACAUGAAAUAAAAUGAAAUGCCCAAUCCUAUGUAAAUUUUGUAGAAAUUGUGGUUAGAAAACCACAUUGAUGAACCGAGCAGUGGGUUAUGAAUGUACAUGUAUUGUUUUUGAUAUUCAAGUAACGGUAUUAAAAAAUCUUGAAUAGA